GCAAUUGAAAGUAAUAAUGCUGCAAGUAUUAUGAAAAGAUUUCAAGCAGCAGCUCAACAAUAUAAUUAUAACAGUCAUAAUACUGAUGAUAAUGAUGAUAAUUUUUCUGCUCAUAAUGAGCCAAUUGAAAAUUUCAAUGCUGAAAACAUUGUAAAAAAACUUCAAAAUGCAGUAAAUAAAUAUUAUCAGAAAUAUAAUUAUAAUCAAACUUGUAGACUAUGUUAUUUAGAAAACUCAGUUUGUACUAAAAGAAGAAAAAGACAGCAACAAUAUGAAGUAGCAAAAGAAACCCCUCUACUAUAUACCUUUUGGAAUCAAGAAAAAUUACAGACUAGUAAAGAAAAGUUGUAUAAUAAACAGGCAAAGAAUAAAGAUCAGUUGAAGAAAGUCAAUGAGAAACAAUCAGAGAAUAAAGAUCAGUUGGAGAAAGUCAAUAAGGAUGGGGAAGAUAUUAGAAGAUUGUCAAAGAAUAAAAUUAAAGCUUGUAAUUUACUUAAAAAAAUUCUAGCCACUCUUGAAAAUUUAGCAUUAGAUAUCGAAAAAGAAAAUAUAAAUAGUGAGAUUUGGGUUAUUUUACCAAUGCUCAGAUUUGCACCACCUCUAACUAUUUCUCUCAAUACUGCUAAAAAUUAUUUAAAGAAGCUUGGGUAUGUUUAUAAAAGAGUAAAAAAAGAUAUUUAUAUAGAUGAACAUGAGAUAGAAGAUGUAAAAGCUUUAUCUUAUUUGGCUCCUUCACAUCAAUUUGGAAAUAAUUCUUUUGUGUCUACUCAUUCUUCUUCCCCUGCUCUGAGUACUCCAGUUGCUUCUUUCACAAUCUCUUUUCUACUCAUGACAACCCAAAUAAAAGCUAAAUUAAGGAUUGAACAAAGUAAAGAUGAUAAAAGUACUUUAGAAGGCCUGAUCAGAGUUAUGCCUAUCAACUACAUUCAGAG